AUGAGCUUAGUUAAACGGGACUCAUCGCGCAAUGGCUUGAAAAGGUGCUUAACCGCAAGCAAAAAGGCUGAAUCCCUUGAUCAACCAGACAUUGAGUCAUACCUCGUCAUUUUGGGCGACCAUUGGAGCAAUUUCUUGCUUGCCCAAGAAGCGGUGGAGCUCUCUUGCGGCGAGGACACCAUUCAAGACCAAGAGUCUGAAAGGGAGCAGGGAGAGCAAUGGUAUCGAGUAGCCCUCGCCAACUUCAAUAGGGCAUUAGCGAAGGUAAGAACAAAUAUUGAACCCCAUAAUGAAAAUGCACCCGCACCAACACGCGCCAAUAUCAAACUCCCGCCUUUGGGUCUUCCCAAAUUUUCUGGGGAAGCAAAAGAUUGGAGGCCGUUCCAUGAUGCAUUCGUCUCCGUUGUACACUCCGUUGACACGUUGUCAGGCGCACAAAAAUUGCAAUAUUUACGAUGUUCCUUGGCAGAUAGUGCGCGCGCCUUGCAAAUAAUUAAUGGGCUUCCCAUUACAAACAAUAACUACCAAGAAGCUUGGAGUCUGCUCAAGAAACGCUAUGAUGUACAACGUGUGCUAAUCGAUGCUCAUUUUCGCGCCCUCUUCUCAUUGAAGAAACUCAACAAUGAGUCAUCAUCCGCUUUGAGGCAUCUAGUUGAUACUAUUCAAGAGCACUUCCAGAGUCUCAAGGCUUUAGGCAGACCUGUAACAAAUUGGGAUGACUGGCUGGUACAUUUAACGGUCAGUAAGCUAGACGCCGAAACUCACAGGCAGUGGGAAUUAUCAUUUACUGAAGACACUGUUCCCAAAUUCGAUGAUUUAGUGACUUUUCUUGAAAAAAGAUGUCGUAGCUUGGAUGCAAUUGACUCAUAUCAAAAGCCUGCCGCAUUUAAAGCAACACCACAAAGAGGUAAGCCAAACAAACCUUUUUCUUCUCUUCUUGCAUCAUCCGCAGCACAAGAACAAAACCAAAAUACACCUGCGAAGUCAUCAGCUGAUUCAUGUUCAGUUUGCUCCAGCAACCACAAGAUUUUCGCCUGUGACAAGUUUCGCGCGUUUGAUGUAAAAAAGAGAAUUGGUUUUGUCAAAGACAAUAAACUGUGCACAAACUGCCUUGGAUCUGGGCAUUUAGAUGAGAAAUGCCGCAGCGCUAACACCUGCCGCACGUGUCGCAUACGUCAUCAUUCGCUUCUACACGAUGAUUCGCCAUCUACGUCCAGCAAAAUACCAUCAAACUAUUCGCAAUCUUAUUGCUCAAUAUCAGAACAUCAAGUGCUUUUAGGCACGGCUAUUGUCGACAUCCUUGACAAUUCUGGACGAUAUCAACCAGCCCGAGUACUUUUCGACAAUGGAUCUCAUCUCAGUUUCAUAACUGAAAAUUGUAUGCGUAGAUUGAAACUUAAAAGAUCUCCAAAAACAACAAUGAUACAAGGAAUUGGUGCCACAACAGCUGGAAGUUCCAAGGGUGAGGUUCAACUCCAGGUUUCAUCAACUGAUCACAGCUUUUCUACCACCAUAAUCGCUCAAGUUCUACCUAAACUCACGAACAUGCUUCCUCCGGUCCACAUCUGUCGACAAAACUGGUCACACCUAAUGUCACUUAAUCUCGCUGACCCACAUUUCGGCACACCAGCUUCCAUCGAUAUUUUAGUCGGAGCCGAUGAAUUAGGACAAUUCCUUUGCACAGGGUUAAUCAAAGGCCCCACUGGAACACCUAUGGCACAACAAUCUACACUGGGAUGGAUUCUUUUCGGCAAAAUACACAACUCCGCAACAGUCGAUACAACGAUAUUACCCGCAACACUCGCUUCUACUGUAUCACCCGCAACAAUGACCACAACCGCAUCAUCCGCUUUUUCUACUACCGCAGUUGCUGCAUCAGAAACCGCAAUUUCCGCUUCUACCGCAAAAACCCCAUCAAUGAACACAUCUACCGCACUCAACUCAGCAGUAUGCUUGUUUUGUAACACCGCACUUACCAAGGCUGUUACAAAAUUUUGGCAAAUUGAAGCUCUACCUGAAAUCAAACAUCUUUCAAUCGAAGAAUUAACAUGCGAAAAGAUUUUUGAAAAGACUCAUUAUCGCCAAGAAGAUGGGCGAUACGUUGUCAGACUACCAUUCAAAUCCGAUUGCCCUCUCGGCAAUUCACGAAAUGCUGCAAUUCGAGCUCUACAACGCAUGGAGGCUCUAUUCCUGAAAGAUGAAUCCCUAAAAGAUCAAUAUAGGAAUUUCAUCCAAGAGUUUAUUGACCUUGGUCACAUGGAAAAAGUUAAUCAUCAAGCUGUCCCUGGUAAGCAUUAUUACAUGCCUCAUAGAGCCGUCUUCAAGGAAACAAGCACAACGACUAAGUUGAGAGUCGUUUUCAACGCGUCUUGCCGCACUACCACCGGGUUUUCGCUUAAUGACACCCAAAUGGUCGGUCCACAGCUUCAACCUGAACUUUACUUGGCUUUAAUACGAAUGCGGACCUACCGGUUUGCUAUGAGUGCUGACGUGACCAAAAUGUAUCGCCAGGUAAGAAUGCAUAAAGAACACAUCGACUACCAACGUAUCGUUUGGCGAAAUUCACCCAAAGACGACAUCGAAGAAUAUCGAAUUCUGACCGUCACAUAUGGUGUCGCUUCUUCAUCCCAUCUCGCUGUCAAAUCAUUACAACAAGUCGCUUUAGACGAAGGUCAAAACUCUCCUGCUGCAGCAAACGCCAUCAUGAACCAUUUUUAUAUGGAUGACCUUCUGACUGGCUGCCAUGAAGAAGAAGAUUUGCAAAGGCUUCAGGUAGACGUAUCCACCAUCCUAGCUAAAGGAGGGUUUUCACUACGUAAAUGGUCUUCGAAUUCUGCUCUCGUCAUAAAUUCUCUGCCAGACCAUCAUCGUGAACUCCUCCAGCCAUUAGACUUAUCAGACGCAGAUGGAGUUCGAACUCUAGGACUUCAGUGGGACCCAUCGUUUGACAAAUUAUCUUUCUCAGUCAAAACUUUUGAGGUAAGAACAUCCAAGUUAACAAAACGUUUACUACUUUCAGAAGCCACAAAAUUGUUCGACCCCCUUGGCCUUCUCGCCCCAACAACAAUCAUUCCUAAAAUGCUAUUUCAACGCCUUUGGCAACCCAGGGUUGAUUGGGAUGAAGCAGUGCCACAGGACGUCAACCGACAAUGGCUUCACUACACCGAACAUAUAGCAGAACUAGCAAAAAUCAAAAUUCCACGGUGGGUAGGGUUAGGAAUCCCCAAUGCAACAUCCGACCUGCAUGGUUUCGCUGACGCCUCGCAAAACGCUUACGCCGCCGCCCUAUAUAUUCGCACAGUCACAUCAAAUGGGGACAUCACUGUUCAACUACUGACAGCAAAAACAAGGGUCGCUCCUUUGAAAACGACAACACUUUCCUUGCCCCGCCUGGAGUUAUGCGCAGCCGCUCUAUUAGCCAAAUUAGUUUCAACAAUACAACCAACUUUAGGAACCAACAUCCGUCAUGUCUUUGGGUGGACAGAUUCAACAAUAUGUCUCGCUUGGAUUCGACAAUUUCCUGGCAAGUGGUGUACUUUUGUGGCAAAUCGAGUCUCACAAAUCCAACAAGUAAUACCACCCGAAAAUUGA